AUGGGCAAGUCACAAAUCACCCAAGCUGCAGUGGCCACCCCAGUAACCCAUGUCACUUGGAAAAAGGUGAAAACAACCAGGGGAUCCAAAGAAAAGAUGGUCAAGUUUACUCCAAGAGAAAAGGCAAGAUAUGCAACUGGCCAAAGCAAUGAAUCACCUACUAGGGCAGGAUCUUCAAGCAUCCAGGAACCCAAUUUAGUCCAGGGUAAUGAUGCUGACCUAUAUUGCUACAUGGAUGAUGCAUCACCACUGAGGACAUCAAGAAUUCCAAAAAGCCAGAACAGUUAUCUGGAAGAGUGGCUGCCCUAUAAGAGUAGAUACCUGUCUGUGCUCUUGGACAUGGAGGCCCUGCCUGAUGUCAUGGCUUGUUUUGUGUUAAAAAAAUGGAAUGGAAGAUUCUUUGAAGACUUCACUCUAUGGCUGGUUGGUUUGGUGCUACACUUGGGCCAUGCUGGAGCACCAUGCCCAGCAGGAGAAGGUUCUUGGGAGGAUGCUGUCAGCCAUGUAGAUGAAGAGUGGGAGGACAUCAAGGAGAGUCAACAACCAGCACAUCUCAACCCACCAGAUGAUAGAAACUACCUGACAGUUGUGGACACUGGCAGUGUGCACUUUUGCAAUGUGCAGUAUUGCAACUGCCCUGGGUCUGAGGAUUCACAUCUUCAGCUUACCAUGGCCAGCCUAUUCCCAGCUACGACUAAGGCACCAAGGACAGCUUUCACUUUCCAGGUGCUGGAUGACUUCAUCAGGGACAAUGUUGAAUGUGGAACCUCCACCAUGAACUAUUAUAGCAAACUUAAGAGAGUCACCUCAAGUGCAUUUCCUCACCUAGUGCUGGGAUUCCAUCAACAGUUGCCUGAUCCCCAGGCUGGUGAACUUGUCCUCUUCUUCCCUGCCUGUCCCCAGCCAGGGAUCAAUUUUGCUAGGACCUUUGUGAUGGACAGCAACUUCAAGGCCAAGCAUAUGCUGCCCAAGAAUGCUGCCAAAGAGGUCUGGCUCAUGGAUGGAAAUGGCUUCAUGAAAUCUGACUGCAAUAACCACUGGGCUGUUAAUCAAGCAAAUGCACAAAGGAAUAAGUUGGAAUUGACCAGGAUUGGUGGAUGUGCCUGUGUGAGGCAUGGCUGUUUUGUACCUCAUGCAAUGGUCGACCUUCAGAAGGGAGAGCAAUUACAGAUUCAGCCCAGCAUUGGACUAUGGCAUGUCCAUGGCCAUCAGACAGAGUGCUUUGCCAGAUAUGCUCCAAACUUUAUUCUGGGUGCUGGCCAGGUGGACAGUGAAAUCAUGGAGACCCUCUGGUCUUCUCUCAACAUAAUCUCACCAUCAGCCCAGGGAAUGGCAACAGCACACUGUCAGGAGUUGCUGGACUUCCAAAUGAAUGAUACAUCAGCAUUGAAAUGGAAGUUCAAGGUUGCCAAGCAGUCAUUAGCAACAAUCCAAGAUAAAUUCAAUGAGUUGGAUAGCAAGUUAUGGGUGGAACAAGAACUUGUGGUGCAGUCAUGCUGGUGGAAUACUCUGCAGGCCAUGGACAUAUAUGAAGUCCAGCUGGAGAAGGCACCCACCAUGAAAGCCAUUGAGAUUGACCUAAUCCAUAACAACUGUUCAUUCAGCAGCUCAUGUGGUUCAGCUACUUGGAUUGCACAUGCAUUAAAGGUUGAGCAGGCUCAAAUAAUGGACACCAGGGCAACAGAGGCAGACUGGUUGUUGAUUUUGCACUGGCAAGACUGGUUGCAAUCACAGAUUGAUGCACUAGUACAUGGAGCAGCACAGUUCAUCAGAAAUGACUGGCAAGUUAACCCCAGGCAAAGGCCCAGAAGUAUAGCCACAUUCAACAGGGACAGUAACAACAAAGCUGAUGAUCCAUUCCUCCCUGGUCAUUCCUGGUCACCAGGAGUACAGUAUUUCCAUGACAUUGGCCUCAUCAGUCUUGUGGAACAGGAAAUACAUCUGAGACAGGGCCAGGCAAAUGAUGCAUUGCAUGAAUUGCAUCUGGCCCUCAUGGACAAGGCCAUGAUAUUUUAUACAGAUGUCUGGAAAGGAGGGAACUACAAAAUGACAACCCAGGCAUGGGGGCAGAUAUCCAAUGCAGAGGCAAUGGUUCAGCAGCAUGCCACCAUCUAUCGCCAGUGCCAAAAGCAACUCAUUGCACUGGGGGCUGGGGAGGACAUUCUUGACAAAUACCAAGAAUUGAAUAGGGCAGACCUGACUGAUUCUGCCAUGAAUGACAGGAUGUUGGAAUUGUAUCAAGUCAACUGGCUGUGUACAAAAGUGCUAUGGGAUUGCUGGGAAGAAGAGCUAGAGUUAUUCACGCUGGAGACUGGGUGGACACAGAAAUUCUUCUUACACAAGGAGAAAUUCUGGAGUGGCCAGCAUAUGAAGGUAUUGGCAGUGGGCAAUACCAGCUUCACAUGUUAUAUGGCUAGGCAGUCCCAGAUGUAUUGGGAUUUAGCCAGAACACUAGGAUGUACUUCAAGAUAUGAAUUGGAAGAGUAA